CACGACGCCAGCAAACAAAGUGAAGGAACAAUAACAUCGAUCGAUCGCCGAAUCUCUCGCACAUUCACGUCCGGUUUAAUCGCAGGUGCAUGCUCUUGCAGUCCAUGCCAUCUCUCACGCUCGACUGCGCGCCCAUCGACCGAUAACUUUACCAUCCUCGCGUACACGCAUCCGGCCUGCGACAUCACCAACCCCCCCUCCCCCCCAAACACCAAACCCGGGACCACCAGCAGCAUAUGCCAGGCAUCAUACUCUCUCCCAGCGCCAGCAGCGAGGGCGCAACCGCAGGCAUGAAGCGAGCGCAUGUGGCGGACAACGCGCCAACACAUGGGGAGCCGCAGCAGAGGAAGCGGCGAGUCGUGCAUGCACUGCACCACACGCAGCCAGUCCAGCACAUUGUCGACCCUGUCAGCGCCGAGUUUGAUAGCUUUGGUGAAAGCAAGGACUUUUUCGACCAGCAAUUGCGGCGCGCAAUAGCGAUACAAUGCAAGAGCAUGGGAUUCGAGGGUGCGCGCCCGGACGCGCUGGAGCAGUUCCGGGCGCUGGUUGAUUCCUACAUGAGCCACUUUCUAAGCCAAGUGCACAAGUCCAUGACCAGUUCGCGCCGCACCGAAACAGUGGCACACGACUGGAUAUACGCGCUUGCAUCUUCGGGUCUUCGCGGAUCUGCACCCCUUGACCAACAUUUUGAUACUGGUGAAAUCCCUCCAUCGCUACUACAGCCCUACUUUGCACCUCCCGUGCCCCCAGAAGCCCCACCUCCGGACACCGAGUCCUUGUUAGGCCCCGAGUUGUCGGGCAAGGCAGACAAGGAGACGCGCCCUUAUAUCCCAAAACACUUUCCUGGCUUCCCUUCCAAGCACACAUAUUCUGCGACACCAGUCUUCACCAACCGUGAACACGAUCCGCGAAAGAUUCGGGAAAAGGCAACAGAAGAGGGCAUCUUGGCCGAACAGAGUCUUAGAAAGCUCAUGGCAGCACAAAAAGCGGGCGUCCAGAAGCAGAAUGUGGGCAAGCGGAAGCGAAGUAAACGCAUGAAAGAGAGCGACAAGCUAUGGCAAGCAGCUAUGACAGAUUUGUUGAACGAGGAGCACCAGCGCGAAAAGGACGAGGAGCGACGACAAGCACAGAUGGAUCUGGAUGAGGAUGAUGGUUGGAAUACAUCACAUAAUGCCCCAACACGGCAGCCCACAACUGAUCGUAAUGUCAAUUUGGAAGAAGGCGUCCACGUCAACUACGAGCGCAAAUACUGGAGAAAAUUCGGGAGCGGCGUUUAAUACCUGUCAUCACGUCGGCUCUAAGCAGUAGCACAUUGUGAGAAAGAAAGAAAAAGCAUCUUGAAAGCAUUUUGGUAGCGAGGCGUUUGGGUAUUCGGGCAUUCCCGCCUUGGAGAUAUGAAGGCACGUUUGGGGCAUUUCACCGGCGUUGAUCACGUUUUUUGUUCACUUUCUUGUGGGACGUUGUACUAUAGUUGCUUGUCCCAUGGGAGCGGCAUCGAGGGCCAUUGAUGCGUCG